UUUUUUCAUUUUCCAUUCAAAGUGAUGCCCAUUAUUUUUAGACCACCAUUACAUCUUAAAGUAAACGAACAAACCUUCGUUUAAGCGGAAAUAUAAAGCGUUUCUGAAUUUCUAUUCCCUAGAAUGGUCUCUGACCAAAAUGCCAUACUAGUCACGUGACACCGGCAUUUUCACUCCAAUGAGCACCCGAGAAACCAUGAGCUCAUUGUUACAGGAAUGGCGAUCGCACUUGCCAAAUUUUACCAAGUUUUAGUCAAACUUUAGCGAAUGUUUUUACGAUUUUUAGAAUUUUAGUCAAUUCAACAAUGGCCGAAGUGUUCCCAGAGGAUAUUAACGAUCAUUUAGACGACGAAAAUUUGAGUGAAGAUGAUGAAUUCGAAGAGGUGAGUUUGAAUGAUAUGAGUUUUGCGUUGGUCUGAAAUUGCGUAUAACGUCUAUAGUAUACGAUCGUAAACGCUUUCUAGGAAAGUGUGGGUCAUGAUAAUGAAAUAUUAAGACGUCAUUGUGUUGAUUAUAGGGGCAGUUAUGCGACGAACCGAUGGAAAACGAUGAAAGGUAAAUUUGUCUACCGGCAUCUGUUGUAUUUUGAAAUUUCAUCUCUCGAUAGUUCAGUGAAGCGAUUCACUGCUGAAUCAACUACAGCAAUGCUUUCAAUUUUUUCCUAUAGUGUGGAAACGCUGGCCCUUUCUGGAGAGCUUGUGAAUCCGAAAGACGAGAAAAUAGGCCCCCAAAGCUUCGAACUUCUCAAAGUUCUGGGAAAGGGUGGCUAUGGAAAGGUACGCUAUAAUAAAUAGUUAUGACAGAGAAGUCCCUUAACUACAGUGUUAAUUUUUAAGCUCCCACUAAGCUCUUUUUCCUAAUGAAACUGAAAAAGAAUGAUCCAGAUUUAAACGCUUUAAUUUUUUCCAUAGGUCUUUCAGGUUCGAAAAGUGGAUGGGAGAAACAAAGGGAAAAUAUUCGCAAUGAAAGUUUUGAAAAAGGUACGCUAAACGUUUGUUGUGGUGAUAGUCUAUAACCGGUAGAUUAUUCACAGGUGAGUUUGUAUUCAAGUUGCAUAACCAAGCUUAAGCCUAGCUUAAGGCUUGAAAAGCUAGUAUUGAGGAUCAAAAACGUAAUGGGUCACUUAAUAUUAGUCUCCGAGGUUAUAUUGGUAAUUUCAGCUGAUUUCAGUUUCUGGACUAGUUUUAGAGCGUUGAAUAAUUUUUGGAAUGUCAUGUACAUUAUAUUUCCUGGAGACGAUUUAAAGCGUUAUGUACAACGUACGUGCCUGAAGUAAAGCUUAUCAUAAAUAAAACAAUUAAGAAAAGUGAUACUGCCUAGUUGUGGUUCAAAAGUCAAGGUUAAUCAAAGCUGUGGGUUAAAAAUAGAUUGAUCUGAAUUUUUUUACUAUUUAUUCAGCAGUUUUAAUGGUAAAGUCAUUUAUUUAGAAGCUUUCAGUAAAAACUCAAGCUGGCAAAUGGUUGCCAGGAUAUUAAUUUUCUGACUUUUUGUCCAAGAGGCAGCAAACAGUUUUGUCACCUCAUCAUAUCUUUUGUCUGUAGGGGAAACACCAUGUAACUUGCGGGGUCACAGUGUAUGGGAAUAAUAUUAUUGCCUUUUAUUAGAUCAUGAUUCUAGAAUGGUUUAUACAGGUUUGAGGCAUUUUCUAGAAUAGGGUGUAAUAUAGCCUGCACCACAGAUGGAACUAAACUUCUGUUAACCAACUGCCUCGCUUAAUUGGAAGAAGGGGGCCGGGGAUACCCAGCUGCUUCCACUGUGGCCAUCCAGCCCCUAGUUAGAGUACUGCCCCCAUGGCUGGCAACUCCCCGCAACCCAGCCAUGAGCCCCCAUCUCAGGCACCCGUCACACUGAUGAAACAGUGGGAGGAAGAAAAAUAAGGGAUGGGAGGUGGGGAAGACGCUAAAUGAACCGCUCCACAGACCACUGCACAAGCGCUCAACAAAGAACUCAAAGAUCUUAGCAGUGUACAAAGCUACCACUUACCAUGUGAGCCUGCACUUAUGGGAUUGACCACUGGAUGCCCGUUAAGCUCGUUGGCUGCUUGACCGCUAAGCUUGUGGACUGCUUGGCCACUAAACUUUUGGACCUCUUAACCGCUAAGCUCGUGAACCGCUUGACCGCUGUUCUUGUGAACCACUUGACCGCUAAGCUCGUGGUGGUUAACUUAGUUUAAUUACAUUUAACCAAAUCCACGUCCGUCUGCAAAACAGCGCCAAAAUCCUUGUUCUGGGCCCUCACCUUUGUUCCAGGAUUUGUGUAUGUGCCAUGAUUGGCCAAUUAUUAGGUUGAAGGGAAAUUUGAAACAUGUUUCUGGUAAUUUGUUGAAAGCCAUUAGCAAAGGCUUUUAGGUUCUAAGAUGAGGACGACUACAAGAACAAGAUUUUCUCAAUACUAAGUGUAGCCUGUGAAUACAGCCAUCUCUGCUUGCUCCUCUCCACUUGGGUCAUUUUGCAGAAGAUAUGUCUGUGCCUCAUCAACAGAAAUUCCAGGCUGAUGAUGUACCGGUAGUUCAAUGUUUACAAAAUUAAUCUGGCAGUCAUGGGGUUCCAAAUGCAAAUCUGUUUGGGUUUAAGAGUUCUUCUGCAAUUGAGUGACUGCAAAACGUAAAUGCUUCUUCUAAAGACAAAUGUUUUCCACGAAUAGUGACGGUUUUGUAGUAGAUUCAUUGCAUUUACAUUUUGACCUUUUGUCCUUUACUUUAACUCAUUAACAAAUAAUAACUAAAAGAAUACAAUUCCUAUGUUGACCAAUCUGAGCUCCUGAACAGAUUGUGAACAGAUUUUACAUCUUGGGUGUGGAAUUUCUGUCAUUAAGGCACAGACAUCUCUCCCACAAAACGUCCCGAGCAGUGAAGAGCGAGGAGAGACAGUUUUAAUCAUACACUACUGGACAAGUGUACUAAGUAGUGCAUGUGCAUGAACCUGGAAGCGUCAUUUUGGCAGGGAAAGGCGACAACUGUUAUGCUGUCAUUCUACCAUGGGUUUUUAAGGGAAAGAAAUAAGUAGGGGAACAUUUUUCAAUUAAUUGAGGAAAUACAGAUUAGAGCAAAAAUACUCUAAAUCAGGAAGCUCUUGUGACUGGUGAAAAUCACUGUCUAUCUCAAAAGUGCUCAAUUCUGACAGAAAAUUAAUAAUGCUUAUUGCUGUACCUCUAGGCUGCCAUUAUAAGAAGCCAUAAAGAUACUGCACACACAAAAGCUGAAAGGAAUAUUUUAGAAGCUGUUAAGGUUUGCUUUUGAUUUGUCCUUAAAAAUAAUGCAAGGGUAACAUAAUAAACCUUUUCUUCUUCUCUUUUUCAACUUUGUGCUGUAAUAGUAAAUUUCAUCUUAUGGGGAAAUUUAAUUUGUAAAACCAAAAUUAUAUUAUUGGAAUUUUAAAGUUGGUUUCCUAUGAGCCAAGGUGGAUGCAUCAAAAUGGAAAAAUCUUUAGGAGUAAAACAAGGUGAAAUACAUUCAGUUUAAAAAACCUGUCUACACACAUUUAAUAUUGGGUACAGGUAACUCGGAUCAUCUCAGUUUUGAUUUUCUCGUAAAAGUGAAGACAUUUACUAGUAGGAGAGGUAUCUGACAUAGUUCAAGAUUGAUUGACUGUCUUGUUUGGGUUCGAUCGAAUCCCACUGAAGUCCUGAAAUUUUUGUCUGGUUUAUUUGCAAUGCUUCAAUUGCAGUUACCACUGCAACAGUCAUAUCUUCAAUUAAAAUUUGUCUUGUUUUUAUUUCAGCAUCCAUUUAUUGUUGAUUUAAUAUAUGCCUUCCAAACGGGAGGAAAACUCUACCUUAUUUUGGAAUAUCUCAGUGGUAUGUUUAGUUCUCAUUACUUACAAAUGAGCUAACUCUAAAAUGACAUGUUUUGUGAAGUGUUCUGAAUUUAAUGAUGCCUUUAGAUUAGCAGCAUACAGUACUGCUGCGAAGUAAGUUACCAUCCUCUCACGAGACAAGAAUUGCGUCAUGAUCACAGGCUACUCGAUUCUCAUUGCACACUGCCAAUUCCUGUCGGGCAGGACGUGAUUCUCGUAGGGCAUGAGAUGCCAAAUCUAAUGCCUGUUUUCCUCAGUCAGGAAACACUAAGCAAAAAUUUUAGUUGGUUUCUUGCUAGACGUGUCAUCAGUGAUUUAUGCCAAAAAUUGCCACUUCAAUGAUUCUUGCACUACGCGAUUCUCAUCAUGCAGGAAACAAGACACGACUGGUAUAAACUUGCUUUUGACCAGUACUGUAUGUUUGCUUUUAUAUUCUGUUGUCCUUUUCAUCAUGAGCUAUCAAACAAAGUAGACUCCUCUGUUCUCUAGGGGGAGAACUCUUUAUGCAUUUGGAAAGAGAAGGAAUUUUUAUGGAAGAUACAGCUUGGUAAGAGCCUGGCAAUUUACAGUGAUUUAUCUUUUGAGGUGUCUAUGUUAAAGGUAAAAUCCAUUAAUUAUCAGAUUAAACUAAGGAUUUCCUUUUUCCUGUACGAACAAUGAGUUUUAGGAAACAAAGGAAAUUUGGAAUCAAACUAACAGCUGUAGGUUGAAUACUGGCUUAUCCUGAAAACAGAUUUUGCCAUCAACAUGUGUACAUGUAAUACAGUCUUCAGGAUUAUGCAGUGAUGACAUUUCAAUAGAGUGCAGAAGGCUGUUCAAACCUUUCUUCCUUUCCUUAUUCUGACACAUUUCUCCCAGAAAAUUCUUAAAAUUUAAAGGUCUUACUUGGCUUUUGUAAGGGUAGCAGCACACUUGGGGUGACAUUGACAUCAUUUUGUAGCUUACGUUUUUUGUGCAUGUCAGUUAGAGAAAUCUAAAAUUUUUGAGUUCCUGUAAAAGAGAGGAAUCUUACAAUACAUCUUGUUGAGACUUUUGCAGAAACUCUCUCUUGGUUAAAUGGUGCCCCAACUUUGUCGGAAAAAGUCUCUUGUUGUAGGCUUGAUCAGGUGCCUAGAUUACUUUUAGCCACAUGUAAUUCUGAUUAAUAACCUGUUUAUUGCACACACAGUUUUUACUUGUCUGAGAUAGUACUGGCAUUGGAACAUCUUCAUAACCAAGGAAUUAUUUAUAGGUAGGUACAUGUAUGUAGGUCAAAAUGAAAUUCAGAUUAAAAUGGUUUUAACCUAGGUUGAUUCUCAAUUUAUUUUGUCUUCCAAGCCAUGAAUAAUAUGUUUAUGCAUAAUUAUGUACUUUUAAAUAAAGUAGUUUUCUUGGCCAUCUCUUUUUGCAGAGAUCUCAAGCCUGAAAACAUCCUUUUGGAUUCACAUGGUAAUAACAUGAUACACCUGUCUAUUUUUAACUCUGUAAGUUAUGGCAUCAAACAUCCUUGGGAAAUAUCCUUUCCAUCUGCUUUACAAGGCAUGGUGUUCUGCAGUAUGUUUUAAAACCUCUUUUAAGCAGCCUCCUACUAGAGUUGUCAGCAAAAAUAAUUUUUGCAAUAUUAUUGUCAGAUUACUUUAUUAUAUCUCUCAGUUAGCACAUGCACUGUCAUUUGGCCAUAUUAUCAAGGCCUGUGCUCUAAGAAAAAUUGAAGAGAACACAGUGCUCUUAACCUGUGCUAUCCAGGGUGCCUAGCAUAUCAAACCUAUGAGAAAACUAAGAUUUUCAAGUUGCCUGGGGGCAAAGGUUAGGCACCAGGGGCCACUGGGCACCUGCCAGAGUACAGCCUUGCAUAUUCUACUCUAUGACACCUAUAACCCACUUUAUGUCAAAGUUUCCGUCGUGACCUCAAACUUUGUUAGGAAGAGGUAUGCCAACAGAACCUCUAUUUAGUGGCCAGCAACCAGUUAUCAGUUCAGUGAUGGAUGACCACUUGAGAGAGGUUUGACUGUAUUUUGUGAAUUUUCUCUUUUAACAGGGCAUGUCAUGUUAACAGAUUUUGGCUUGUGUAAGGAGGCAGUGUUUGAAGACAAGUUAACUCACACAUUCUGUGGGACUAUUGAAUAUAUGUAAGUUGGUACAAAUAGGAAAUCAUUAGUGAUUUCCUAUUUGAUACAUUUCUCCAACACCCACUUACCUCUCCCCAAUACGGCCAUUUUGGUAACGUCUAGCUGUAUCUUUUUCUCUCUAAGGGCUCCAGAGAUUUUGACACGCAGUGGUCAUGGCAAAGCAGUGGAUUGGUGGAGUCUUGGUGCACUCAUGUACGACAUGUUGACAGGCAGUGUAAGUUGACAUUUUAGAUAAGUUCUCAAGAUUUAAAUCUUUAUUUAUUUUUAAGAGACAUGGUUCCUGACUUAUCUGUUAACUUUUUUGUACAAGUUUUUAUACUGAGACUGUGUUAUUUUCAGCCUCCUUUUUGUGGAGACUCCAGAAAGAAGACAAUUGAUAAGGCAGGUUGAUUCAUGUUUUUUUUCCUUUAUUAAGUAUUUCCUGAACAAGCAACUUGUAUUUAUAGUGUCAUUAUUAUGAAUAAUAUGGAAGGGACAAUGAGAUAGCUAAAAGCGUUUUGGAGAAGAAUGAAAACUAAGCUCAAAUGGAAACCAAAGUAGAGCUCUGAUUGCAAAGCCUUUCUUUAUAUUAUGUGGAAUUGCUGUAUUGUGCUUCAAAACCCUAAGAACAAUCUUUCACUAUUAGGAGUUUUGAUGCAUGGGCUUGGCAAAGUAUUUUCUUAGCCUUUUCUGGCUUAGAUAUGAUUGGCUCUGACAGGCCGGUUAAGCAUAGUGUGUAAUAAUAUUAUUUGCAUUUUCUUGUGGUGCAGAUUUUAAAAGGGAAGCUGGUUCUUCCUCCUUAUCUUAGUCCAGAAGCAAAAGAUUUUAUUAGAAAAGUGAGUAUUCAUUUUGCAUAUGGGUAGGUACUCCCCUGGGCAUUCUGUUCUAUUAAGGUGAUUCCCUGGUUUUGCACUGCGCAUCUCUUACUGCGCAUAACAAGAUGUACGCCGUAAAAAAGAGCAUGUGAAGUAACAUUAUUAAAAUGAAGUUGACUGAAGAGAAACGCUAUUGGAAUUUUUGCUUGCGGUUGUUUCUUGCCGAGGUGAGACUCAGCGUGUUUGGAAUGUGUAUAACGUAAGCAGUACGCGUAUUGCUGAGUUCAACUUCCUCACAGAAAACCUCGAUAGUGGAUGUUUAACUUGUGUUUACUCACUUUGAUUUUCAUUUAAAUGCUUUCUUUAUCACAUUGUGUCCUAAAUGAGAUAUCUCGAUGUAAAUUCUGUAAAAACGGAUUUUUUAAUACUUUCUUCCCUGUUUCACAUACAUUCUAUUUCGAAACUCGCCCCAGUCCUCUCUCAAAAAUUGGAGAAAAUGCAUUUGGUGCGCGCUUUCUGCAGCUCUACCGCAAAAACGAGUACGGUGACCCCCAUUUUUUAUUUCAUGAUUUUACUGCACUUUUCACUAACAUGCGAACUCUAAAGUUCAAAAGCAGCCUUCGCAAUUGCGUUUUUCGCUGCCGUCAAUCGUAAUUACGAUCACAAGCAACGAACCUUGAAACACAGAAACACACAAAACAGAUCCAAAUCCACCAAUCACAAAUCACAAACCAUGACCUUUUGAAACUGUUAACCCAUUUGCCCCUGAACCGCCCGUAACCGUCCGUGCGGAUCCAGGUCCUUUCUACCCAUUGUGACGACAUCAGUUUUAAUGGUCAAGGACAACUUUCUUCGCUAACUUGUGCAGAGUGAAGAGAUCUUUCAAACCAUACCAGAAUGAGCACAAUUUAGUCAAGGACACCGGAGAAACAAGCAAAAAACCACGCGACAUUGACCUGAAAAUCUUCAAGAAAAUCUUCUUCCAUUACCCACCUACCUUUCCUUUCACCUAAUCCUAAGAUCCUAAAAGCUUUCCUAAAAACCCUUCCCACCAAAAUGAAGCCUACUAAAUGCCCAGCAAGAGAAAAAAAAAAUGAGGCAAGAAAAGUGAAAAAAGAAGGGAGGAGAGAAAACGAAAAGUAACAGUCAAGACUGCUGUGUCACUUUUAGACCCAAAAACUAUCUCGAAAUUUUGCUUUCUGCGCAUGCCCGAACUUCGCAAGCUGAUAUUUUGCAUCUGGAUUAGAAGGCCGCGAAGUGUUCGACCUGUAAACCAGUUUGUGGUAAGUUUUAGCUCUUUAUAGCACGACAGUGACCAGAAAACCACUCGACUAGCUUCAAAACACGUUUUUUGGCAAAAUCUCCAGGAGCGAAUGGGUUAAAGUAAAGUUUUGUUUCCUAGGAGGUUCGUUAAGAUGAUUGACGGCAGCGAAAAACGCAAUCGUCAGUUGUCAAUUUGCAUGUUUCGAAUUCGCAUGUUUGUGAAAAGCGCAGUAAUAAGGACAGUGCUUCCUCUCGAUGAGAAAAAAAAUUGGCACAAAUCUAUGUUCAGUUUUUUGGCAGUUUUAUUAAAUUGUGCGGAUUGAGCUAUCACGGGUCGAAUAGCGCGUGUCCAAUUUAAUUCUACUUUGGAGUGUAAAGUAAAAACAAAGGCACUAAAAGGCAUUUUUCUGGUACGUCAGUGGAUAAAGAAUACAUGCAUCACCGAAAAAAUCUCUCCUUUUUGUCUAGUUUUGGGCUGCGCACGGUUUUUGUCAAAGGGUCCUAAAUAGCCGUAUUUGUCAGCGUUGUGACGUCAAAACGAGCCCGGUGACCUUCACUUUUUAUUACUUUUUUGUCGUCUCCUUGACUUGUUUCAUCAUUGUACCAAGUUUCAUCUACAAUCUAUGUUAGGUUCUUUUACUAAGGAAUCACCUUAACUGCACUUACCACCUAGUAAAUUGUCUUAUUAAAGUGCACUUUGUUAAUGCCUGUAUUAUAGUUGACAGUCUGUUCAACCAGAAAACUCAAGGGGAUGACCUUAGGUCCUAAAUUAAUAUAAUUAUGUUACUUUUCUGGAAAGCUUUUCAUGCAGAAAAAUACUAUUAGGUUUUUUGUAUUUCUGGUUUUCCUUUGUACUUUUGCAGUAUUAUAUUUAACUUUUGUUAUAUUUUCAGCUACUGAAACGCCAUGUCCAAGCAAGACUAGGCAGUGGACAUGAUGGUGCAACCCCCAUAAAGGUACAGGUUAUUUGGUAAUGGGUCUUUUCGCCAGUGAGUCGUUUCGCAAACAGCCUGUUCGCUAACGUUUAAAGUUGUUUCACUAAUGUGUCAGGUCAAACAAGUUGCAGCAUGACCUCAUUGUUAAAAACGUUUUUGUCUUAUUUUUUAUUUCAUCUUUUAAAGAGAACAAAGCUUUUUGGUUUUGUUUUCCUUAGUGACCAUACUUCAUUUUCAUUUUUUGUUGUUGUUGCUAUUCUGCAGAAAAAUCAUUUAUUAUAUAUAAUUCAGCAGAACCUGUGCUCUUUUCCAUGUGAAGGCUGUUCAAAAUGUUUAAAAGGGCAUCAGUUAAAUAACUGCAAGAGCUAGUAGAAAUUUAAUGAUUUCUAGCUUUCUGUUUUUAUUUUCAGACCCACCCUUUUUUUCGUGCCACGAAAUGGGAUGAUCUUUAUAUGAAAAGAGUGGAACCACCAUUCAAACCAAAUAUUGUAAGUGUAAAGUGUGAAAUUAUAACUAUGUUUAGCAUUCAUAUCGUCACUCUUUUACCCUUGAAGCCCCAAUCCCACAUACAAACUAAUUCUCUAGACUGAUCAGCUCCAUACAUUUCCUUUAAAAUAAAGGAGUAGUUGAGAGAAUCUGUUGAAAGACCUAAGGAUUUUCCUUUGAGCGAUAAUUUUUUUUGUUACUUCUCAUAACUGAGGCUGUUACGUUAUUGAUGUUGGUCACUCUAGGAUGCACAGUCAGGAUCAAGAGCUAAACCUUGGGAACUAAACUAUUAAUGUUAAUUACAAGUUACUCAAAAGAUUGUUAUCUUCUUUUGAAAAAUUAAUUUCAAAGUGGGUCGUGUAAACCAGUACAUGUCAUUUUGUUUGCAUAAACCCUUUGCAUUGAACUGUGGGUGUAGAGUUUAAUUUUUCGCUGUUCUUGUUCACAGACAGGUGAAGAGGAUGUUAGUCAAUUUGACAGCAAAUUCACCAGACAGACACCUGUUGAUUCUCCAGUUGACUCAAUGUUAAGUGAAAGUGCAGAUAAAAUAUUUCAGGUAAAAGAAAUUAAAACUGUGGACCUGGUGCAGCGAAGGGUGCGUAAAACUUUGCAGCCUUUCUCUUUGUACGCCCCACAUUCUUUGAACUUCUUCACAAGACCUUGUUACUUUUCAACUUUCUCAUCUUCCCUCUUUCUCACUCUUCCAUCCUCCAGAAUUGCCGUAGUCUGAUUGCACACUGAGAUCCCCCAGACACUCGCCAUCAGUCAUCAUAAGCCAUCAAGGGUUUUGAUGGUUGAUGAUGUCUGACACCCCCGGAAAAUUGUUUAAUGGCCUUAGCUACCACAAGUCUCCUGUAACUCAGUGGUAGAGCAUCAGGUCUUGUAAUCAGAAGGUCGUAGCUUCAACUCCUAUUUGGAGUACUCAGGUUUUUUAUUCCAGGCAGCCUGUGUCACCGACUGAAAAAACACCUCUCUCAUGCAUUCACCAGGCUCAAAAUUCAUCAUCACAUUUCUGUCAUUGCACCUAUAUAAACACAUAUCAACAUCCUGGUCAUGGGAGUAUGCCGCAGGAUGUUUGUCACAUGAACGUACUUUAGUGGCCUUAGCUCCCACAAGUCUCCUGUAGCUCAGAAGGUCACAGGUUUGACUUCUAUUGGGAGUACGCAGGUUUUUUUCUUCCAAGCCGCCUGUUUCACUGACUGUAACAAAAAAAACGUCUUUCUCGUGUAUUGACCAGGCUUAACAUUCACCAUCAUUUCUCUAUCACUGCACAUAAGCACAUCUCAACAUUCCAGUCCUUGCGGUAUGGUAUGCAGGAUGCUUGUUACAUGAUCUUAGUUUACUGAGUGACCUACAGUAGCUGUCACGAGUCUCCUGUAGCUCAGUGGUAGAGCAUCUGGACUAGUAACCAGAAGGGUCAUGAGUUUGACUCCUAUUGGCAGUACUCAGGUUUUUUUCCAAGCCACCUGCGUCACUGACUGAAAAAUCAUCUUUCUCGAUAAAGCUCUUUAUAUACAUCAUACCUGUAAUACACCUGUCUACACAGUAAACACUCAAAGGAAAGUGUAAAUAUUUUGCAGGGCUUCACCUAUAUUGCACCAUCAGUUUUGGGUUCAUUACAUAGAGAUAUUCCUAUGUCACCAUGGAAAUACACAAGGUGAGUCCUGAAAAAGGAAAAACAAAACAAAACAAACACGGUUACUGGUUUUUUAUAUAUGUUGUGGUUAGUUGAGCAGUGAAACCUUAAACUUAAAGCCUGCUUAUUGUCCUGUUUCCAGCAACCAUGGGUCCCAUAAUAGUGGGAGAGCACUGUACAAGGAAUACUUGGAUUCAAUUAUUUAAUUUUUGUCUGGUCCAGCUGUUGAAAAGCUUCAUCUGCACUUAUUACGGGAUGGGAUAGUACAUUAGCACUUCUUCUUUCCCUGAGAACUUUUCUGUACUUUGAUGGAACAGAAAUUACUAGCCUGUCGCAGAAGUAUACGUCUACGAAGUGGUGCCAAGAUCCUUGUUGUUGGCCCCUCUAGACUUAAUGAAUUACCGGAAGUGCGUUUUGAAUUUCCUUUCAACCCAGUGGGCAAAUCAACAGUUGAAUUAGGUUUGGCUCAUGAAAAGUUCGGCAUCUGAAUCGGGCCCAAGGCAUUAUUGGCUUCCUAGACAGGACUCCCGUGAGAACUUGUUUGUUGUAUUGUUACGCAGAUUGACAACGGGCAUGCAACUGGCUCUUGUAUAAACUUUACAUUCAUUUGAUAGCAAUGGUUUUCUAUUUGUUCAUGCUUUCAUUGUUUUAAACAUGGCUUUUUGUUUUAGUUUGUUAGAUUUCUUGUUGUAUUUAAUUUGUUGUUUAAAAUAUUCCAUUUCUUCCUUUUUUUAUUUCAACAGAUCACCAAGAAAAAAUACACAGCCCAUGAGGUAAGGAAAAAUUUAUAGUCUUUAUGUUGUGUGGAUGAUUUUUUAAACUUUUUUCAUGGACAAAAUCACUCUCAAGAUGGGGGAAAUAAAUUGGCAAACUGCUAGAAAUGCCGUUUUUUAUGCGUAAACUGUGGCGGGGGGCACUUUCACCAUUAGCUGUGCUUGCAUUAUUUCACACAGAUGCAACGUGACGUAACUAGUGUAUAAUGAUAACUCAUGCGAUUUUCUAUAACUAUGUGAAACUUUAGGAAGUCAAAGUCUAUCUUGAUAACAUUUUAAGAAAUUAGCAAAACCUUGUAUGUGCUUCCGGAUUUUAAAUGUGUGUUUGGUAGAAAACUGUAGAAGUAAGUAGUUUGCUGAAAAAACCUUGUGAAAGGCUGUUUUAACAUUCCAUUUUGUGGGAAAUAUUCAUUUACUACUUGCUGCUAUGACCUGUUAUGUUUGGAAUAGGUUACACAUUAAACAAGGAGCUCAUGUAUGUGUGUCGUUAAUGAGGCUAUGUAAAUAAACACUAUAUGAAGAACUAAAAACUGAAUGAGUUCCCUUACAUAAUCAGAGUAUAUCAGUCAAGAGAAAAAAAUUAAUCGGCACUUCCUAAUACUGCCCUUCAUUUUUGCACCUUAUUGCUUUAACUGCAUGAGGAAAAGAAAAUUCACGAGGAAAGAUUUAGGCCUACCCAUAUGGGUACGCCUAUUUCUCUCUGCUAAGCAUCAAGCUUAUUAUAUACUAGUGCAUUUUGAAAAUAAUAAUCACUCAUUUUUUUAAAUAACGAGGUUAUGAAAAUAGCGACGAGGAGCAAGUUCAUAUUUUGUCAAAUGGGUACUGAGAAAAUAUUGCAGAAAAAUGUGUGUAGUCGGUAGAUAGUUUAUUGUAGGGAGUAGGAAGGAAUACUAGCGCUGUUGAUGAUUUGUUUUAUUCGUGUUUUCCUUUAACUGUCUUGGUUUAAAGCGUUUUGCUUCUAAAGUGUUGCUUUUGUGAACCGUUAUGUAAAUCAAUUGUAAAGUUUUCUUUUUUGUUACAUUUUAACGUGUUCGGAAAACAUUCAUUUGGUUUCUUCCUUUCUUCUCGCCGUGCGUGCUUAACUUUUAAGUACAAAAUUUUGAUAAAUAUGUCCUGUAUUUUUCAAUGCCUUUGUUGCUCUUAUUAAUUUUGGUGUACGCAGUAGCUUUUACCGGCCAGUUUUUAUGCCGAUUUUUUUUCUUGGCGUUUCCCGUGAGAGAGGAGAUCGGACCGAUAUGUCGUUACGCGAAAAUUGUCGUUAUGUUGGGCCAACCAAUCUGAGAGUAUAAAGCUACCUUAACAUUCUUCCAUGCUUGAAUGCCUUGUGAAAAAUAAUAGGUUGUUUUAGUUAUUAUUUUUGCAAUGACGGACAAGUUAGUAAAAAAAAUUCUUAACUCCUAUGUUGGUUGCUUCUCUCUCACCCCUUCUCUUUCCUUGUGAUUUAUUACAAGAGCUGCUUAUCCGAAGACGCAACUGUAGAAUUUCAACAGAGUGUGAAAGUUUCGAACGCUAAUGCCUCUAUAAUUCCGCGCGCUAUUGGAUAUCAUAUGGCCCUUAUAUUUAAUUACUAAUUUCUGUCACUAAUAUGCUUAUUCUGGCCGUCUUCUUAUCACUGAACUGGUUUUCGCUUUUUGAAACUUUGCAAGCACAUCUUGCGUGUGGCGAGACGUAGUUUUGUUAUAGUUACUAUUUCACAAGAGUUGUUUAUCCUGUAAUACAAAGUGUAAAUUUGUCUUUCAUCAAAACAUGUGGUUAAAUAAAAAGACUAUUCCACGGGUUUUUCAACUUUUGACUCGAAAAUUCGUCAACACGGCUAAAAAGAACGCCGUGAAAUUAGUAAAGAUGCCAAGUUAAAGCGCGAUUUGUUGAAAACUAAAGAAGAUGUAGCUCGGCAAAAUCGCCGCAUUUUACUGACACCAUACAAACGCCUGUGAAAUUUCUCGACUUUGUGGAGCAAUAUUAGAGAGGUUAAGCAUCGCGUUUACGUCAAACGACAAGCGCGAAUUUGUACCACGUGACCAAGUUUCCCCUUUACGUGUCGUUUACUGUUUAUUAUUUCAACACAUAAAUUAGUAGUUUCACGCAAUUUUUUAUCCAUGAGAAUUGUUUUGAGCUGUUUUUAUCCGCUCAGUUUCUAUUUUGAGAAAUUCUCAACUUGAAUCUGUCGUUUGCCGUGUAGGUGAAGGUCAUCUCUCUAUUUUCGCUCAGUUUUAAUGUAUCACCGUUAAAUUCGGAAAGUGUCCUAAUUAUAAGGCACUUUUUCCAUCAGUGUGAACUUGUCCUAAUCAAAACUUGAAAGAAAAAGGAAACCGUGGAAGUGUCUACUUUAAAGGAAACAGUUUCAGAUGCAAGCUCAGCUUAAAGGAUUCCAUUAUAAUUGGCUUUGCUGCUCAAUAGCGUAACUAAUGGCUUUUGAAUUCUAACGUCUGUAUCUAAUUUGCUCCUUCUGCAUGUCUUCUUGUAGCCCCGCCAAGAUUAAGGAAAAUGGCUGCAGCCAGUUUGGCUUUGAUAAAUCAUGGCAACCAAACAGAACAGACUCUCCACUAAACAGGACGCCGGCCAUGAAGGCACUCGACUUUAACUCUUCCGCUGUUCCUAUGGAUACUUCUAACGGAAGUGAUAAAGUAUUUAAUGGCACUGAGGGUUUGUUACAUUGCGGCAACCCUUCACUCUCCCAUGCCACAGUAACCAAUCCUCAUCUUCAAAUGACGUAACAAGUAAUUCUACAAUGGUUCUUACACAAUUCCAUUUCUUCUUAAUUGACAUUUAUAAAAAUCACUCUUAGUCUUAAUCGGUUAACAGAUUAAUUAAUAAAUCGUUUCUUACAGUUUCUUCUAUUUAAUAAAUUCUACGUAAUUGUUAAUUUGUCAGACGAGAGGUUGAAGUCAAGUUUGCCAUACAUAUUUAGAUAAUUUUAAACAAAAUUUAUUGUCUUAAAAUUCUUUAAAGUUUAGUGAGAAUAUGUUUGCUGCGCUUAAAUUACCGUUAAUCCUCAAACCUCCCUCCCCCUCACCCGCCGGCUUCCCUGGUGAAGAGCAUGUUUUCCUAAUUUUUCUGGUAAUCUAUCAAACAUGAGGUGAGUGUUUCAUUGAUGGGAUUUCAAACACAAUAUCCUCCGCUGCGGGUAGCCCGCGAGCAAGCUCUUCCUCCCCACCCCCCGGGAAACCCCGGGUAUCCCCGGGAGCUCCGGAAGAGCUUGCUCGCAGGCUACGCGUAGCGGAAUAUUUCUGAUUAACCACGCAGGCGUCGAGUGUUUGAUGAAACUUCUGUGCCAAACAAUUUUGGAGGAGAAGAAAAGGAGGUGAAAACAAGUCGUUUUUCAUGGUGCCUCCAAACUGUUUGGCUAUUGAAUUAAAAAUGAGUUUGAGGAUUGUGGAGAAGGAAAUCUUUCUCUUUUCACAACUGAUUUGACAUGUCAGAGUAUAAUCAUGUAAAGUAUUCACUUCCAAGAAUUAACGUCUUGAGUGAUUAAAUGACCAACAGGCUGUUGAAACGUGGGGGGUUUAAGGGGGGAUUUGAGGGUUUUCGGUAUACCACCGUUGGCAGUUUGCUUAAAGAAAUUUAGGAAAUUUAAAAUAUAUUUCGGUUGGAUUCAUUUGGAGCGUAUAGCCCUCUCAUUUGCUCGUUGGAAUUCGCCACUUUGGACAAGAGAAAGGAACUGGAACUGACAUGCGUCCUGCAAUGGUUUCUGGGAUCGUUACUGGGGACGCGCCGUUCAGCUAUUGGCCAGUUUUUUUAACAUUCCCAGAAGCCUUUGCAAAAGUUAACUCGUCCCAGUUUUCUUUCGUCUGUAAAAAAAAUUUCAACGGGUAAAUGGGACGCCCAGACGUGUAUGCUGCAAAUUAACCCACCUUUUCCAAUAUUGACAUUAAAUUACAUAAAAAUGCACGUAAUUAAUUUAAAACACAUCUCUGUUAUUUAUUGUUUUCAUAUACCCGGCCACAAACUUUGCAACAUUUAACACAGUGUAACUAAAAGGCUGGUCCGCAAGUAUUGACUAAAAUGAUGUAGAUACGGAUACAAAAUUCUUGCAUUGUGCAUUAUGUUAGUUGUAAGGAGUACAGUUUGAAAGAGUAUGGUUUGAGCAAAUGAUGAAGUUUCGAUGACAUAUUAUAUGAUUAUAAUGAACGAUAAUUUAUUUCAAAGGAUAGUCAAUUAGUCGAUAAAAAAAUGUUGAUCUUGAGGUGUUUACAAAUUGAGACGUAAUUUCUGCACAGCGCUUUAUACUCCGUGUUAAAAAAGCUCGAAUGUGGUUAAAAAUAAUUUAUUAAAGGUGCGCUGAUACUUUGGUUGUUCUAGCAGAGAGAGUAUAUUUUUACAAAGGUAGAACAUGAAUCAGCCCUUAUAGGUUUUAGAAUGUUUUAGUUCUAGGAGCAGUUCUGAAAGGAGUUGGCUUGCUUGUUUUUUUUAUUUAUUUGUUAGGCUAACUUGUGUAGACCUCAGCUAUAUAUUUAGGACAUUAAUGAAUGUUGAGUUAACUAACCAAGGAGAGGCAUUUUAAGCCACAAGACUGUCGAAUAACAUUUCUAUUCGCGCAGAGAGUAAGACAUUCCCUUCACUUUCAUCACGUACACGUACGUAGAAAAAUUAAAAACAAUUCUUUUGCAAACGUUUGGAGGGAAAACAAAGAGUUUAAUGAUAUUUUUUGAGCAAGGUCUAUGAUGGGGCCAAUUUUUUUUUUAAUUUUACCUAGAACAAAAAUUACCUCCUGCAGUGAUUAUAGCUUACUUAUCGUAAAACAUUGUGUGCACGAACUGGAAAUCGAGUUCAAUUGUUUGUUUAAAUGUUUUUUGCAGAAAAUUCUAAAUGGUAACAGAAAUCAGAAGAUUUUAGCAAAAGUAGUUUUCUCUGCCAAGUGAAUCCCUACAAAUUAACUCAGGAAUUCAAACAAUUUUUAAUCGAUUGAAAUAAACUGCUGGACAGACACUGUACAAAUGUUUCCAAAUACACAAACAAGAUGGUUGUAUCUUAAGCUUUUCCCUCAUUCACAGUCUCUAAUGCAGCCUUUAUUUUCUGUCACGCAACUGUCACGAGAGUGGCGUGACAACCCAAAUGUAAGCUUUAUAGGAGUCUACUUACCCCAAAGUGACUUUCUGUAUAAAUUCAAUGCUGCUACAGUGCUUCAUGUUACAGUUCUUUUUAAAGAGCUACAGUCUCUGUAUCAUGAAUAAUCAAGCCUUCAUUUCAGGUCAUCCAUAAUCCUUUAUAGAUAAUUGUCUAUUGCUUCUUGUGAGUGUGUGUGUGUUUUUUUUUUCUUUUUUCCAACUAAUAUUCCGGGGUUUGCAAUUGCAAGAUAGUUUUGUAUCUUCAAACGUCAAACUCCUCUGACUAUAUUCGCAGUUGUCUUAUUGCUCAUGUCUUAUUGCUAAUGUAUGUUGUACGAUUAGUUGUUUUCUUUAAUGUCGUUUUUAUUCAGCAACCUUGUUUUGGAACAACCAUUCCUCGUGACUUAAUACCAUGUUCAAUACUGUUCACAUUUGUUUGUAUCUUUAUUAUGUACAAGUUAGCUGUUAAGAAACCUUGCCUGUUUGUAGAACAUUCAGUUAAAGCUAAGAAUUAAUAUUUAUCUUUAUAACGUUAGCUCUCUAUUUAUUUUAAAGUCUUAAAUCUUGAAAAGGUUCUUGACACCAGUGGGAUCAAGGGAAAAGUAAUGCCAAAAUGGAACACGGGAAAUUGAGAUUCGCUGCUUCUUGUAUUUCUAGGAUUCUUUUCGGUGGUCCCAACUGGUAGCAAGAUCUGUUUUCAAGACUUUUCCGAAAACUGCUGUAUUAAAUAGUACUGCAUUGUAGAUAGGAUAGAAUAUAUGAGCUUAAAAGUUAUUUCUUAAAGAAUAUUGCGACAAUAAACGUGACGUGAAAACUAGAGGUUAUUUGUUCUGGCGCGGUUGUAUUCAUCGGGUUGUAGGGGAAUGUUGAUUACUUUGUCCAUGACACUAGUGAAAGGGUG